UUUAUAUCAGGCCAGGAUCACAUCCAUGAGUUGAUGUUGCUGCGUUUUGGGACCGAUAAGACGUUGUUAUUUAUCAGUUGUCUUUAACAACAAUGAGAGAGCAUCUGUAAAACCGUUACUGUAAUAUAUGAAGUGCUUGGCACCGACAUCUUCUUCUCUUUCUCUGCAUGCAAGCUUUAAGUGGGUGACAUGGCAACAGGAGGCACUCCUUUUGAUGACAGUGCAGAAGAGCUGCACGACUGGACUAUAACCAAUGGCAGUCUGGAAGAUAGACUCAACAACCUGGACUGGGGUGUUCAGCAGAAGAAAGCAAACCGAUCCUCAGAGAAAAACAAGAAGAAGCUGUCAGCUACGGUGGUGGAGAGCCGCCUGACUAAUGACAUUUCACCAGAAUCCACCCCUGGGGCCGGUCGCAGGAGAUCCCGCACCCCUCAUUCCUUUCCCCACAUCAAAUACUCCACCCAGAUGUCUGUCCCAGACCAGGCUGAGCUGGACAAGCUGCGUCAGAGAAUCAAUUUUACAGACCUGGAUGAGAGGAGCAUUGGCAGUGACUCCCAGGGGCGUGCCACAGCUGCCAACAACCAGAGGCAGCUGGCUGGAGAGAACAAGAAGCCCUACAACUUCCUACCUCUUCAUGUGAACACUAACAAAAGCAAGGAGCUGCUCCAUCCCUCCUCGUCUGCCCCAGCCACACCAGCUAUCACCAAGGAAACCAAGAAGCAGGGCCCAGGACUCAGGGAUACUUUAACCCCUUUGGUUCCCAGCAAGGAAGCUCAAAGGCUCACCCGUGGCAGUACAGAGAGGGGGCCCUUAGCGCACAGAGAGUAUGGGAGAGGAGAGCCCAGAAUAGACAGCAGCCAGGUGGUGAGCAAACUGGUACAGAUCCGGGAGUACAUCAGUAAGGCCAGCUCCAUGCGGGACGACCUGGUGGAGAAGAACGAUGUGCCGGCCAAUGUGGAGCGUCUCUCCCAUCUCAUCGACCACCUCAAGGAGCAGGAAAAGUCAUAUUUACGGUUUCUGCAGAAAAUGCUGACACGGGAGAAUGAUGAGGAUGAGGUGGGGACCCUGGACUCCGCAGUGGGCUCAGGUUCACUUGCUGAGAGCACUUCUCUUAACAUUGAAGUCCGAUCCUCAGAUGCUUCGAAUGGAACGGGCGGACGGACAGAAAUGGUGCGAGCUGACCAGAAGGAAGAGUUGGAGAAUCUGCGUAAGCAGCACGAGCUGUUGAAGAAGAUGCUGGAGCAGCAGGAGCAGCUCAGGGCCCUGCAGGGCCGACAGGAAGCACUAAUGGCCAUGCAGGACAGUGCAGAGCAGGCACUGGCUGUGAUUGAAGACACUGUUGUCACAGAAACGACAGGCAGUGUUUCUGGCCUGAGCAUCACAUCAGAACUGAAUGACGAGUUGAACGAUUUGAUCCAGCGGUUCCACAACCAGCUGCAUGAUUCUCAGACUAAAACAGUGCCAGACAACCGUCGGCAGGCAGAGAGCCUGUCCCUCUCCAGAGAGGUGUGCUGGUCUCGGGCUCCCCAGGCUGUUGGUCCUCCUCAGCACAGGCCUCUCCUCCACUCGGCCUCUGGCCCCCACACUGGCCUAGACAUGGGGGCAACAGCUGCCAGUGCCAAACUCACUAAGCUCCAAGAACUCCAAGACAAAAAGCAAACCAUGGACAAGAUCCUACAGGAGCUGCAUUCACUCAGAGACCAGACACUAAACAACAACUCAUGUCGUGGCCUGUCAACACAGUGCAGUCUGAGUAUGGGAGCGUCAUCAGACUGUCCAUCUGCUCUCUGCUCUAAUGGGGCCUCAGCUUCCACUCCCUUUCAUCCUUCACUCACACAACACCAGAACAGCUCCAAUUCCACAGACAAGCUCAGGAAGCUAAAGGAGGUCCACAAACGUUUGAAUGAACUGCGGGAACUGGUUCAGUACUACGAGCAGACUUCUGAUAUGAUGGUGGACGCGGUCAAUGAGAAUGUGAAAGAGGAUGAUGAUGAGGAAGAGGAGGAGGAAGAUGAGACAGAGGACAGUUCAAUGUUUGAUGCCCUUUUUGACUCUGAGCAGGAGAACCGCCAGCCUGUAACCAACAUCAGGAACCCACAGCGCAGCGGGAACUGGACAGACUUGAACAGCCUGACCAACAGGCGCGCUGUGAGGGGCAGCGCCACUAACAACCGUGAUGGCAGACUCAACACCGAGUGUGAGAUCAACAACCGGUCAGCAGCCAACCUCCGCAGCCUCAACAUCCCAUCAGCCAUAGGUACACUCAUGCACAUGCUUACAUAG